AACGCCAUGCAUCUCAAACAGUGGAUAAUCCUAUUCUCGUCUCGUGUAUGGAUCUCUGAACCUUUCUGUACGUACGAACUUUACAUGGGGACCGUUUGUGGGAAGACAGACCCGUUGGGAAUGGAAACUUGUAGUGAAUUUGCGCUAAUGACUGUUACUUGCUUGGAUACCGGAGAAUAGAUGCCUCAGUUUUCAGGGAUGGGAGUUUUGCUAUAAAGUGGCUCUGCCCGUUGACCAUUGCUCGUCCGGCCAAGAAUGGAUCAACGCAAAGAAUAUAUUGUGGAAGAGCGGGGCGAUCUGGAGGUCAUUGUUGGGGACUCUCAUUUCAUUGUUUCCUCUGAGCGACUCUCUUCUCUAUCUCCCACGUUCGCCAGACUUUGUCAAGAGGCGAACUCCAAAACCAAUGCAAACAAGAUUCUCAAGAUCAAGGAAGAUCCCGACGCGUUCCUCCGCAUUGCUCAGUCUGCCCAUGGCAUGUUUAUACCAAAGGAUGAUAUCUCAACAGACAUUAUGCUUAGUUUAACGUUGGCAUUGUCGAAGUAUCAAAUUCCUACCUCAAGCACGCUUUACGCUUCUAUCAGUUUCGCAUUCGUGGUCCAGACCCUGAAGCCCGCCAAAAUACCGUCUGAGAAAGUGUUGAUCUUAUUGAAAGUCGCGCUGCACUUAGACCUGUCAAAAUUUAAAAUGCUGGCCGCGGAUGUGUUUCUGCACCAUCCAUUGUGCUUCAAGCCAAUUCCGUGCAGCAAUGAUGAUAUUUGCGGCAUUGUAUUAGCCAACGUUCUGCUAAGAAUUGCUGACACUCGAAGACUUGUUGUGCAUUCCUUGUUGCAUGUAUCGUCUACUGUGCUCGAUUGGGAUUAUACCUCUAUGUAUAAACUCCAUGUCACUGGCCUCUGGAUACUGGAAGCAAACCCAAGUCUUGAGGAUAUUCAAGCCGAGAUAAAGAGGAAUCAAUGUACCGAUCACAUCUAUGGUGGUUCAGACCGGGCGCAAGCAAUAUUGGAAAGCACGCUUCGCAUUAUAACAUCAUCGACUGACCAGGUGCAAACAUUCAUCAACAAUCUGCUCGAUGAUGGGAGUGACCAGUUGCGUGCAGAAAUCCUGGAGCCAGAGGGAGAAGUAAACUACAUGUUUCAAGACUUUCACAUUGACGAAGGCCCUACACAAUAUUCCGCAAGUUGGGAUGGCGAUUCCGCUGUGGACGUAUUUGAUAUGGGAAGCUCACCAGCGAGCAUGAUCCAAACCCCUAAGAAGAUCCAGCAUAGAAACAGUAUUUGA